AUGGCUUUGAAAUAUCUCACUCAAAAAAUCGCGCAGACAAUCGACGAGGAGUUGAUGUCUCAAGCCGGCGGCUUCUCAAUUGAUCAGCUUAUGGAAUUAGCUGGUCUCAGUGUCGCGCAAGCCGUUUCCAAGAUAUAUGACAAGUCUAAUUUCUCGCGUGUACUAAUUUGUUGCGGUCCGGGUAAUAAUGGUGGUGAUGGUCUAGUCGCGGCGCGUCAUCUUUUUCAUUUUGGAUACAAACCAAAUAUUUUUUAUCCUAAGCGAACCAAGAAAGAGUUGUAUCAGAGAUUGGUGACUCAAUGUGAAAAUCUCAAAAUUCCAUUCACCGAUGAUCUAUCCGAACAACUCUUACAAAACGAUUUGGUGCUGGACGCUAUCUUUGGGUUCAGCUUUUCCGGGGAGGUAAAGGCACCCUUUGAUCAUGUUAUUCAGAAAUUAAAGGAAACAAGAUUACCGAUAGCCUCAGUUGAUAUUCCAUCUGCAUGGGAUGUCGAGAAAGGAAACAUUGGUAAUCGUGGUUUCACCCCAUCAAUGCUCAUCUCUCUUACAGCACCGAAGUUGUGUGCAAAACAAUUUAAUGGAACACACCUCCUCGGUGGUCGAUUCGUUCCACCAGAGUUGGAGAGGAAAUAUGGGCUUAACAUUCCACCUUAUCCGGGAACAGAACAAGUAAUUGAUAUUACUAAUCUGUUAAAAGAAAAAUUAUAG